CAAAAAAAAAUGGAUGGAAUUUAGUCAAUUUACAGCAUGCUCUAUCUUUUACCUAAAGAGCAGACUGGGGCUCCAAAUUUCCCGUAAAUAAACCAUUAAAAUUUUCUUUUCUUAAUUAAUGACAAAAUAAAUCUGAAAAACAAUGUAAGAGGGAGGCCUGACCCCUGCGGUUAGGUUCUCUCAUUUCUAUGCCAGAAUUUUACUUCUCCUGAGUUCUGACAAAGUUUAUUCGUCGCCAAGCAAAAAAGUCAGAUAAUUUCCUUGAAUCUAAGGUAAUCCUUCUCAAUGUUCUCCACGAUUCAAACUUUUCUAUGUUUUGUUUUAUCAUCCCAUUCAAUGCUUCCAUCAUUUUUUUGAGUCAUUUUUAUCAUUUUACAAGAUUUUCAUGCCUGGAUCUGAUUAAAAAUUUGGGGUUUUUGAUCAGAAGUUGUUCAAGUUAUUUAUUGUGUUAUUUGGGGUAUUGCGAUUUGCUGUUUGGUACUUGAAUUCGUUGUUUUCAGCUUGAAAGCUAGGAUCUUUGGAUGUAAAAAAUCUUGCAUUUGGGUUUUCAGCUUGGUUUUUAGGUAAGAAACAACAUUGGGUUGCUUUGUAUUUCGAGAAUUAAUAUCUAUGGGUGGUGUUGAGGAAUUAUCUACUUGUUACUUUGAAUUCAUUAUUUAAGCUUGAAAGCUAGGAUCUUUGGGUCGGUGUUAAGCUUGGUUUUCGUACAAGAAACAACAUUGGGUUGCUUAGUGUUUUGAGGAUUAAUAGCUAUGGAUGGUGUUGGGGAAUCAUCUAAAUCUGGGUCUGGAGUUUCUAGUUCCCAGUUGAUGAAAAAUGGGGCUUUCUGUGAUGAGGAGAGUUGUCCUAAACAAGUGUCACCUAUUAGGGUCGGUGGGUCGAGGAAUACAAGCCCGUUGGGUCGUGUAGGAUCCAGGAACACUAGUCCCUCUCGGCAGAAAGUGAUAAAGACUAAACCGCGGGGUUUAGAUGAGGAAACGGUUGCUACAUUUGGUAAGGUGGUUCAUCCUGAUAUUCAAAUGGAAGAUAACAUAUGGGCAAUGUUGCCUGAGGACUUAUUGAAUGAGAUUUUGGCAAGGGUUCCUCCAUUUAUGAUAUUUCGGCUUCGUUCAGUUUGUAAAAGAUGGAACUCAAUACUUCAAGAUAAUAGUUUUCUCAAGUUUCACUCACAAGUGCCAUCUCAUGGGCCUUGUCUCCUUACAUUUUGGAAGAACUCACAGACUCCACAAUGUUCCAUUUUUAGCUUGCCGUUAAAAGUAUGGUAUAGAAUUCCAUUCAAUUUUUUGCCUCAGUGGGCCUUCUGGUUGGUUGGCUCUUCAGGUGGUCUAGUUUGCUUUUCUGGACUCGAUGGUCUAACUUUCAAAGCUUUAGUAUGUAAUCCUCUUACACAAACUUGGAGAACACUGCCAAACAUGAAUUAUAACCAGCAAAGACAGUUGAUUAUGGUUGUGGAUCGAACAGACAAAUCAUUUAAAGUUAUAGCCACAAGUGAUAUUUAUGGCGAUAAGUCACUGCCCACCGAAGUCUAUGAUUCAAAGAUUGAUAAAUGGACAGUCCACCAGAUAAUGCCUGCAGUUAAUCUUUGCUCCUCAAAGAUGGCAUAUUGUGACUCCAGGUUGUAUUUGGAAACCCUUUCACCACUUGGCUUGAUGAUGUAUAGACUGGACUCAGGAUAUUGGGAGCAUAUUCCAGCAAAGUUCCCAAGAUCUUUGUUAGAUGGUUAUUUGGUUGCUGGGACACAGAAGCGCCUGUUUCUGGUUGGAAGAAUCGGUCUUUAUAGUACUCUACAGAGUAUGAGAAUUUGGGAAUUGGAUCAUGCUAAGAUUAUGUGGGUGGAGAUAAGUAGAAUGCCACCUAAGUAUUUUCGAGCUUUGUUGAGGCUAUCAGCUGAGAGAUUUGAGUGCUUUGGACAAGAUAAUCUUAUCUGCUUCACAUCUUGGAACCAAGGGAAGGGCCUCCUUUAUGAUGUGGAUAAGAAGCUUUGGUCUUGGAUUGCUGGCUGUGCUCUUCAGUCAUACAAUAGUCAGGGUUGUACUUUGAUGACUACAUGAGGGCUGGGCUUCUUGAAACUGUGUGUCACGGGACUGAUUUAUGGGGAAGAAUUCACCUGAUGAACCAACAUCAUUCUUUAUCUUUUUGCAUUAGCUUUCAUAUUGUGAAAGCUUUUCUAAAAGCUUCUAGAAUAUUCAGUCUCGCAAUUUUAUAGGAGUUUAUCUUUGACUAUCUGGAAAUAUUAAGGUAAUUUGCCCUGAAAUCUGUUGGGGAGUUUGUUAUGUAUGAAUUCCGGGGCAAAGUGUCUUUGUUAAGCUCUAUAGUUACAAUGUGGAAGAAGUAAUCUUUUAGUUUGUUGCAGUCACAUGUAAAUAUGUUUCAACUGGUACUGCUUCUGUCUUUCUAACCAUUAGUCUGGCCUGUUAGCUUGUUUUAUAGUGAAGGUUAGUAGCAGUGAUGCUUCUUGCUCACUGCUGGAUAUCGGCUGAUAUACUUUUCUCUCACUCAAGUGAUCCACUUUGUUCUUAGUGACUUAAAGCAAGAAUGUGCUUUAUCAAGUCAGAAGUAGAAAUAAAAUUUGGCUAGUAAUAAAAUUAUGCACAAAGAAUUGUUUAGUAGCUUCACCAACAAGGAAAGCACUGAUACUAUAGAAACAUUGACAGUCCAUGUAAUUUCUGUAGUUUUGCUGUUUGACAACUAGUAUAUGCUCAUGCAUUAUAGCUGA